AUCACUCGAAGCGUGGACAAGCAUCUGAGCAGCAGCAGCAGAAGCCACAACAGCCUGAACCAGCGUCGCUUUAACCUCACAAAUCCACCACCUCUUCUGUUACAAUUAGAAUUGGUCCGUCCACGUGACAAAUACCGCACUAUACUUGGAAAGAAUCGCGACUUUUUGCAAGCGCGUGUUUUUUUUAAGUUGCCAACCAUCUCUGACAUCCUAACUUGAGAAAGUGUUCUUUGUGCGGUUAACACACGUCCAAUACGGCGCUUUAACGCGGGACAGCGAGGAGUGGAUUGGAUGGACCUCCACUGGCCCGCCUUCAAGAUGGACAGCUCCUCCUACCUGCCCGGUCCCCUGGCGUCCCCAGCCCUGAUGGUGCUGGCCUCCACAGCCAAGACAGGCCGUGAUGCCUCCGUCCCCUGCCAGGCCUCCGUCCCCUGCCAGACCCCGAGGUCCUUCAGAGUACAAAUCUCUGAGAAGGACCUCCCCUUCCCCUCCGGCUCCUACACAUUUGCCUCCAUGUACAACCGUCAGGGGCCUAUCUCCGGCCAUGGCUCCUUCCCUGCCAGAGACUUCCCUGCCUCCCUGCUCCACCUUCAUCCCCAGUUCCAGUUUCACCCCAACAACCUGGACUGCCCUUCCCUGGGGAUGCUCAACCACAUUGGGGUAGGGGCCUUCCGACCCUUCUCCUCCCCUCCUGAAGAGGGGGAGGCCAGGGGUUAUCAGUCAGCCUUCACCCCUGCUAAGAGGCUCAAGGGCUGCUACACAGAUUCUGAGGGGAAGGAGUAUGAUUUUGGAGGAGGGUGUUUCCUCUCUGGCUCACCGGGAUCACUCAAGGCCGCUGAGGAUUCUGGGAGGAAGUUGUUUACGGUGUCUGGGCUGCUGUCGGACAGAGAGGCCUCGUCUAGUCCUGAGGACCGCAAAGAACACUUGUGUCCAGUGUGCCAUGCUGUGUUACCACCAGGUGAGCUACAGGAGCACAUGGAGCAGGAGAUGGGCAGACUGGCACAGUUGCAAAUCAGUACUAAUUCAGUGCAGAGGAACCAUCCAUUAGGAGCUACUAAGACCCUCUCACUAUCUCUGCACAUUAAAUGUGAGGGUGGGUCCCCCACCUCUCUCCCCUGCCCUCCUGAAGAGCCCCACUCAGACAGAUACAAGACGUUUCUGCGUGUGAGGACCAACAGACAUACAAGACUGAAUGUCGAUGACUGGUGCUACGCCAAACCCGCCCCUUUAAGUCCCCACAACAGAAGUCACCUAACCCCAGACUGCAAAAGAACUGUCAGGAUCGGCAAGCUGAAGAGAAGGAGACCUUACGAGGACCAGGACAUUUUGUUGGACCUGGGGAGGGGGGAGGAAGAAUGGAGUGAGCGGAGGAGGAUACGGAUGACAUCCAUACUGGGAGGGUGUGAAGGGUCGGUGUUUGUGAGCAGCAGGACGUCUAAGGAAGGCCGUGGUGACAGUGACGCUGACCUGGACGUGGAUGGAGAUGACACUCUGCAGUAUGGAAGAGUACAAUGUACGGAGGCAGACAUCCCCUGUUCAGGGCAGGAUCCUGGGGAGGUGGAGGGGAGGGAAGCACUGAGGGGGGCGUUUUUAAAUGUUGGUACACUGUCCAACAGAGUAACUCUGGAACAUUCCAAAUGGACAAAUGAGGGAAGUCCAUCCACUAGCAACGGAGAGAGCAACAGACGGGACAACAGCAUAGCCUCCCUACACAGGACCUGUAAAAAUAGUGACAUUGAUAUGGUCUCUGAGGAUUCUGGGCUGACGACGUUGGAUUCACUAAGAAAUCGUAUACGGGACCUAGAGAAGCAGCUGUCCAGAGGAGACAGACACAACUGUCUAAUCUGUAGGGACACUUACACAACACCCCUCACCUCCAUCCAGUGCUGGCAUGCUCACUGUGAGGAGUGCUGGCUCCGCACUCUGGGGGCUAAGAAGCUGUGUCCACAGUGUAACACCAUCACUUCUCCUGGGGACCUGAGACGGGUAUUUUUGUGACUGGGCAGGGCCAGAGAACCACAGACCCCUGAGGGGGCGGGACAUCUGAAGUAUUAACUUUUGACCUUUAAAGGGGAUGUAAGUACAGCUGGCCUGUCAGAGAUUACCCUUGUCUUUGCACCUUAACCUGCCCUUUACCCCCCCAAACCAUGUAGGGGGCCACCCCAUGACAAAAUGGCACCCAUGACUAGGUAUUGCACAAUGAUCAGUCUUCAUGUCAUUUGACCUUUUAGGUUUGACAUUUGACCUUUGCUUUGCCCACCUAGAUAGCAUUCAUUUGUAUCAAGCUCACCUCAUCAUUUAGUGAGCCAAGCCAUUUCUAAGAGAAUUCUGUGCUCAAUCCAUUACAAUUCGUACGUAAAUGACAAGAACUCAAGUCAUCUUAGUGCUCAGGCACUGAAAGAAUGAUUUAAAAUGGCUUUCGAUCAAAACAAGGUUGAGCUACUCUUUGGACUAUAAACGGUAUACACUUUUGAAAAUAAUAGUGGUCUGUUUUUAUCAAAAGAAAGCACAUGUAAUAGUUUUGUGUAUGUUUGAAAUUAUGUACAAUACCAGUAAAACGUUUGGACACACCUACUCAGUCAAGGGUUUAUCUUUAUUUUUACUAUUUUCUUACAUUGUAGAAUAAUAGUGAAGACAUCGAAACUAUGAAAUAACACAUAUGGAAUCAUUGUGUUUACAGUCAUGUUCUUAUGAAGUCAUGCUUUUAGUUUGUUAGGAAGGGAGGAAAGUGUGAACGUAACAAUUGUAAUAGUUUGAGAUGAAUGAUUUUGUGUUUGUCAUUGAGGUUGUGUUUCUUUGUACAGGCGCACAAUGUGUAAUUAGUAAAUGUUACCAAAAUAAAAUGAGGCUUUUAAUGAUGUUGGUUAUUGCAUAAAUACAUAAAAACAUACAGGUACAUGCACUGUAGAUAUCAUUGAAGAUGCAAUGUGUGUACAAUGUUAAAGAUCCCCACCAUAAAAAUACUUUUAGGUACUAGUUUUUUGCGGUAUCUGUACUUUAUUUUACUAUUUAUAUUUUUGUCAACUUUUACUUUUACCCCACUACAUUCCGAAAGAAAACAAUGUACUUUUUACAAGUUACAUUUUCCCUGACACCCAAAAGUACUCGUUACAGUUUGAAUACCUAGCAGGACAGGAAAAUUGUAUAAUUCACGCACUUCUCAAGAGAACAUCCUUGGUCAUCCCUACUGCCUCUGAUCUGGCAGACUCACUAAACAAAAAUGCUUUGUUGUAAAUUGUGUCUGAGUGUUGAACUGUGCCCCUUGCUAUCCGUGAAUAAAAAUGGAAAAAUAAAAUAGUGUUGUCUGGUUUGCUUAAUAUAAGACAUUUUAAAUUAUGUAUACUUUAACUUUUGACACUUAAGUACAUUUAAACCAAAUACUUUUCGACUUUUUCUCAAGUAGUAUUUUUUUCUGGGUGACUUUCACUUUUAUUUACAUUUUCUUUUAAGGUAUCUUUACUUUUACUCAAGUAUGAAAACUAAGUGAUUUUUCCACCACUGCUUAUAAAUGUUUAUAAAUGCUUUGUAAAUGAUUAUUGAUGUUAUGUUUAUAUACGUUUACAUUUUUCAACAAAAAAUGUAUUACUUAUUUAAGUUAUUAAUAAAUAGUUAAUGCUGAUUCUGUAAGUUAUUAUGACGUUGUACUGAAUUAUCUUUAUCUAAAUGAUGUUCAACGCCCUUUAGGCGAGAAUAUUGUCUAAGAAUAGGUCCUGACCUGUUGCCCCUCGCCUAUGUUGUAAUUUGUCCCAUCAUUAAAAGCCAAGCAGCCCUUGCAUGUU